GGGACAAUGUAAAGAGCUUGAAAUAGGUGCUGCAGUUCACAACUUGAUUUACAAUUAACAGAACCAUGAAAAUCGCUAUUGUCUUUUUAUUGGUGUCCCUAAACUGCUGUCUUGGGACUGUGCCUGCAGAUAAAAAAGAUGUACCAAACGCUCCUGUGCCAAAAGAGCCCCAACCUGUUCCAAAACCAGUUCCAAAAGUACCACAAGAAGAACCACGACCAGUCCCAAAAGUGCCACAACAAAACCCACAGCCAGUUCCAAAAGUGCCACAACCAGUGCCACAGCCAGGUCCCAAUGCACCACAGCCAGUUUCAAAAAUUGCCUGCCUUGUAACUCUAUUGAAAAAUGAUGCUCCACUUCUCCUCGAGAAGUUGGGAACUCUGCUCUGCAAUUACAAAGUGGCACAACAAGAACAAAACAUAGCUCUCUUCAUGGAUUUCUUAAACCAAGUAAACAGUGUUCUGAAAAAAGUUGGCUGCUCUUUGAAUAACAUCAUUGGAAGAAAAGUGGUGAUUACUUCCCAAAAUGCAGAACAGCUGGCAGACCAAGUUGCUAUCGUCUUGUUCCAGUUUGUGGAAGACAUUAUUUCAAGAGUGAUGAAAAUAUUGGAGGACCUCCCAAUAAUCCGUGACUUUGUUAAUGAUGUUCCACUAACUCAAGACCUCAGGAAUGUUGCAUGUGGUGUCAUGGAACAUGUUAUUGCAAAAGUUACAAAAAUACUGGUUCUUGUGGCAGAUAUUACAGGGGGGCUUACAAAGAUCAUUGAAGGACUGUAGAAAAAUACUGCAUUAAGUCAGUGGACUAUAGCACCGAGAUGUCUUGUAAUUCUUCAUUCCAGAACCUUCAAACUCCUAUUCCAUUCAUAAAGACAAAGUAAAGCUCUCUUACCUGGAACUGUGAUGUUUUCAGCUUGUUCCUCUACAAUAAAUCAAUUUCCUGGCA